UAUCCUUUUCCUCGUCCUCGAGUCAAAGAAAGCUCCUACAACAGCAGCUACAACAGCUGCUGCUGUACUACUUGUUUGUUUACCAUUCUUCAGUGAGAAAUCUUGUGUGGGUCUUUCUUGAGGAUUCAUUUGGAAUCAAUGGCUUGGAAUUUUGAUCGCUUGACGGAGUUACUGGACAAUUUGCGCAAGAAAAAUCCCACUCAUAGCAACAUCACCGUGCUGAGAAAUGAUUGGAGGUUUCUUAGGACGCUGUGGGAAUGCAUUUGCCACCAGCAGCAGCCGAAUAACUGGGCAACCCUCGCCCUCAAAGUCGAAAUCGAAGCUGCAGCCCAGAACAUUGCCGAGGAUAUCGCCGAGAAGCACGACCGAUCGGAGCUGGUCGUGUCGAUAUUGGUCCGUGACUGCCAGAGGAAAACCAAGGAUUUCAUGGCCCAAAUCAGCAGAUAUGUGUGCCGGUUUUCAAAGUCAUUCCAGGUGAAAUCUCUUUCUCUUUUCAGUGAUGAUUCGUUUUGGACAAGAUUUGUUGAUGCUGUGAGAGCGAAUCUUUGGUCGAUCAAGUCCACCACCCAUAUUUAUGAGAAUGCCCGUUAUCGUAGUGAAGUUGACCAAAAAUUGGGUGCUUUGUACAAAGAUCUAGAUUCGCUUCAAGAUUACAUACUUGCAGUUGUCAGGCGUGAAUAUCGAACAAAUGGUAUUCAUGAUUUUCUAGUUCAUGUUGCAUCUGUGAUUUGUCGCAUUGCAAUUCAGUCUUGUGAUUACUGGAUUAAUUAUAGAGCAGGCAAAUAUUCAGCAGUAUAUGAGCUUAAUAAGCUUGUGGAAGAGGAGGAGGGUGGGGUGCUGUAUGAGAUUGAUCCUACUAAUCCCAAGUUCAUGGAGUUUCAUACUAAAACCCUGAUAGUUCUAUAUAAAAUCCACCCUGGACCAAUAGGAGGCAAUUUUUGCAACUAUCUGCUUGGUGGCAGCCGUAGUCGACAGAAGAAUCUUGAAGCCGAGAUCAAGGUACUGAUUUUCCUUUUGUUCCACAAUGGACUAGAGGACGAGAAGGAGGAGGAAGAGGACGAUGGGGAGUCUUGCGAGGAUGUACGAAGUUUUUUGGCAGAAAUCAAUGCAUUGCUUGUGGAGGCUGCUUGCCUUUGUGAGGCGGUACGCAGAGGAACUGAACUUAGUUGUCCUCCGUGUUCUGAGUUACUAACAAAAAUUUCUAUUCUCAAGGCAGAACAUUUCCUCAAGAAGCUACUUCGCGACACCACUGACAUUGCAUUGUCAUUUCUUUUCAAAAGUCACCGUAUUGGCGAGCUAAAGGAUAUCCUUGAAAAGAUGAGAAGAUUUUCAGAAGAUCUACCUGAUGAGAAGAAAGAAUAUGGGAAACGAAGGUUGGCAAUCAUUGAAGGAGUUGCUGAGGAGGUAGCAUCUCUUUGUCAGGCAUUUGAGGCCAAGAAGAUCUCGGAAUCUACAGUAAAGAACUCACUUCUGCGAUUGCUUCUUAAUAUGGUUAUUUCCAAGGCAGAGUCCUUUUUAAUGGAAUUAUUAUCCAAGAAGAGUGCAGCAAAUUUCGUGGACUGUACAGAAGAUCGUAUUCAGUUGCUUCUUCAGCAGCUUAACUUUUUUACUCUAAUUGUGACAAAUGACCUAGUAAAGGGAAGAAAAGAUGGGAACAUGAUCUUAGCAGACAUUGAAGCAUUUGCAAGGUGGCUGACAUGUUUUGCUUCCUUGGUUAUGGUCAAGAAGAAACCGAUCCUUUCCUUUUAUGAGCUAUUAGAAAAGGUAAAACUUGUCAAGGAAGAGCUUAAGGAGAUUGGUCCUCAAUUUCCGUUGUCUGCUUUCCCCCAGACCUACAAACUUGGGUUCAUUGAUUUUCUAUCCAACAACCUCAGGGAGCUGCUAAAAUAUGAUUCCCAGGCAGUUGCACAGGUGAAGCAACACAUUGAAGAGAUUCAACUCCAUCUUAAGUCAUUGAGUUCUUUCUUGACAAGAAUUUCAGAUUCAGAUAUUGAUGAGCAUCCAGAACUGAAAGAUCUUGGUGAUCAUGCUACAAAUGUAGCAUAUAAAUUGGAAUAUGUUAUUGACUCGAUUGAGCUUGAUCCUGAUUGGAAACAUUGCUUUUGGUUUUAUUAUCUGUUAGAUGAAGUAAGAGUCCUUGAUAAGCAGGCCUCACAAGGUCAUGAGAUAAUAAGUGAUGCCAAAGUCCAAAAUGCCACCCAGGUUUCAGCAAUCAAUGAAUUGGUGGUGGAUCUCAGUGAUGAGGAAGCUUUCAUUGUGGAUCGACUCACCGGAGGAUCCUCACAGCUAGGUGUUGUUUCUAUUGUUGGAAUUUCUGGCGUUGGCAAGACAACUAUGGCUAGAAAAUUGUUCAACAAUCAAAAUGUUAUUUAUCACUUCCACCAUCGUGCAUGGUGUACUGUUUCACAAGUAUAUGACACAAGAGAAUUGCUGCUUGAGAUUUUAAGUGGCAUUCAUGGGCUUACUAACGAGGUUCAUCAAUUGAGUAAGGAAGAGCUGAAGUCAAAAUUGCGUCAGUGCUUGAUGAAAAAUAAGUAUCUCAUAGUCAUGGACAAUGUGUGGAAUGUUGAAGCUUGGAGUGAGUUGAAAAAUUCAUUCCCAGACAGCAUCAAUGGAAGUAGAAUUUUGAUAAUGAGUUGUCGAAGUGAUGUGGCCUUGCAAAUUGAACCAGAUUGUGAUCCUCAUUUUCUACGCCCAUUUUCUGAUUAUGAAAGUUGGAAGUUGUUAGAGGAGAAGAUAUUCCAAGGUGAAGGUUGUCCAGAGGAAUUGUUGCUAGUUGGAGAACAAAUUGCUCAACAAUGUAAAGGAUUACCACUUUCAGUUGUUGUAGUAGCUGGUCUCCUUGAGAGGACAGAAAAGAGAAAAGAAUGCUGGGAAAAAGUUGCAGAGAGCUUGAGUUUGGAUAAAAUGGAAGAUCUAGAAGCUCGGUGCAUGAAAAUCUUAGAACUGAGCUACAGAUACUUACCGGGAUAUCUAAAAGCAUGCUUUCUCUAUUUGGCAGUUUUUAUUGAAGACAGAGAUAUUCCGGUUGACAAGUUGAUAAAGUUUUGGCUUGCUGAAGGGCUUGUACAAGGAACCCGGUCAAACAACUUAGAAGAUGUUGCGCAGGAUUACUUGAAGGAUUUGAUUAGUAGGAGCUUGAUGACAAUCUCCAAAAGAAAGUCUAACGGAGAUGUCAAAGCUUGUCGCCUUCACGAUCGAUUACAUGAUCUGUGUCUGUCGAAAGCCAAAGAAGAGAACUUUUUACAGUUAGUUACAACAUAUGAUGAACCAUAUGCUUCUUUUCCUGAUUCAAUUUAUGGCUUUGACUUGUAUUUUGACCAUCAGUUACAGCCUGUAACAUAUGAGGCCUAUCGUUUGAGCAUUUUUUUGAAGCGAAAUCAUUUUGUUGAAUCAAGACCUUCUGGCCUGGGCACCCGUUCUUUGAUAUUCUUUGCUUCUGCUGAUUCAGAGCCAAGAUGCCCUCAUGACAUCUCAUUCAUUUGCUACAAUUUUAAAUUUCUCCGGGUGUUAGAUCUUGAAUGCAUCAACAUGGGCAUUUCAUUCCCUUUUGAAAUAGGACUACUGGUUGGACUGAGAUAUUUAGCAGUUAGUGGGUAUGUGCGCUCUAUUCCAGAGUCAAUAGCCAACCUCCGAAACCUAGAAACUUUGGUUGUGAAGGGAUUACGAGGUAAGGUUGUGUUACCUGUUACUAUUUGGCACAUGAAAAGGCUAAGGCAUCUCCAUGUCAAUAAACAUGUUGCUUUCAACUGGGAUGAUGAACUGCUUGGAGGUCACUUUCAGUUAGAGAAUCUGGUUAGCUUUUCCUGCCCGUCUCUUUCUUGUGGUGAAGAUGCUGAAAAGAUAUUAAAAAGAUUCCCAAAUCUUUGCACACUGAGAUGCAUGUUAUUUGAAUCACGGGAUUCUUCUAAGAUUUGCAAUCAGCUUCCAAGAUUUAAUUUUCUAACUCAUUUGGAGUCACUGAAUAUAUUUUACUAUGGACGGGCUCUUGAUGCCAGCAAAUUCAUUCUCCCAUUUAAAUUAAAGAAUUUAACUCUUUCAAACUUUCACCUACCAUGGAGUUACACUUCUGUAAUUGGGAGACUACCACACCUCCAGGUUCUUAAAUUGCUUUCUGGCGCCUUUGAGGGGCAAAUAUGGCACUUGGGGGAGCAAGAGUUCCGGGAACUUGUAUUCUUGAAGUUAGAUACUCUAAAUAUUGUCCAAUGGAGUGCCUUUUCUUAUCACUUCCCUAAGCUUCAACGUCUAGUAAUACAGAAUUGCAAAGACCUUUUGAAAGUGCCAUAUGAUUUUGUGCACAUACCUAAACUGCAGAGGAUUGAAGUGCUGUGGAGCGGACAAUGUACAGAAGAGUCAGCAAAAAAAAUUGGGGAAGCAACAGGGAAGAUCAAAGUCGUAAUCAAUUCUUUAUAAUUGAGAUCAUCAGCAUGAUUGUGUAUGGACAUUGUUGCUUUCUUUCAUUCAAGUGGUAAUUCUAUUCAAGAUGCCCUCAGUUUGGUGGAACUCAUGUAGUCAGUUUUAUAUUAUGAGAUUGAUUUCUUAAUUUUUGGCCAGGGGGAAUGGUCUUCUGUCACUCCAAACCUCUCCUUCAAAGAAACUUGAUGUCCAUUCUAAGUCACAUGUCCUAUUUCUGAGAACAAAUUUUGCUCCGAAGAAUACACGCUAGUCAAGAAAGCUACGUUGGGCUACCCCAGUGAGAGUAUUACAAAAAUAAGCAGCUUGUUCAUGAUGAUAAUGCUCUGAUGGCUAUUGAGUUAGUGAAAAAUGUGUGUAGAUGAAUAUUGAAAAGAAAUCGGGAAGAGGCUCCAAAUACUGACAUAAUCUUCUUCAUUGAUGGCAACAUAAUCUGUGGUCAUACAUGAAUGCCAGUAGGUCCUGCUUUUGGUGCUCUCACAUCAUCAGUUUUGUUUGGGAUAUUGGUGGACAAUUGGCCUGCCAAAAAUGCUAAGAAAGAUGAAACUGCUUCAACAACAAAUUUAAGCUGCUAAUAUUGAUAAUCCUCUGAAGAAUAUCAAGAUAGCAUGAAUCUGGCUUUGUCCAUAAUGGAGACAGGUGAGGGGAUGCGCUUCAAUGCAGAAGUAGUCUUCCCAAUUGGUAAUCAGCUAGUGUCCUCCAAAAGACAGGAGAGAAGCAAUGCUGAAUGUGGGUGUGUAGAACAUGCUAUUUUUGUGGAGAAUCAUUUCCAACCGUCAAACCAGCUUGAAGUCAAUUCCGAUAUUCAUGUUAACCUGGAAGUUUUGGUGUUUUUCUUCAUUUUCUUCCUUGUUAUUCUAAUGGAAAUUUUGCUAGAACCUAAACGUUUGAUGUUAAUACGAGGCUCCCUAAUCAAUUUCCAGAAGUCAGGAGAUUAUUCUGAGCUUCUCAAUUUCUAUACUCCUUUUUGAACUGGUUUACCCAAAAGUGUAAGAAUGAUUUAAAGCUCUACCACAUGGGUAGAUGAAACUCAGAAUUCCACUCUACAAACACAACAUGCACAUUGAGGUCAAUCAUGAUCCCCACCUUGAUGGUGCACACUUUUCUUUGAGGUGUAAAAGAUAUGUAUCUUGAACUUCUACUGAGCAUAUCAUAAUUAUAUGUAGCAACCGGUUCUACUUUUACUGCUAA